UCACCUACGGACUCAUCACUCCUGACCCGCCUCAACGUCCGAGCACCUGGAAGAGAAGAAGCUUCAAGCCUUUGGAGGGAGUCAGAGGAUUUUUCUGUGUCUUUGAGCAAAAAUCAAGAGUUGAAUCUACAAAGCAAGAUGGGAAAGUUUCUUUUCGCUAUUGUUGCUGCUGCUGCAUCUCUGGUCUUGGUGGAGUCUCUGCUCUGCAAUAAGUGCACCUUGAGUUUGAUGGGCAAAUGCAUGAACGCCGUUAAUGAGACCUGCCCCUCCAACUCUAGUGUCUGUUACACCGGAAGAGCCACUUUUCCGUCCCUGCCAGACUUUGUGGGCUUCAACAUUCAGGGCUGCAGGGAAAACACCACCAGCUGUGAUAAAACCACCCCUGACACCCUGCUGGGAGUCACCUACAACACCAAGAUCACCUGUUGCUCCACCGACAGCUGCAACCCCAUCACGCUCAGCUCUGCUGCAUCUGCCAAGAUGAGCUUCAGUGCCGCCGUGGGUGCAGUCGUCCUGGCUUCCGUACUGGGAAGCAUGUUAUAAUUAAACACAAACGCUGUUCUAUCUGUUUGUACCAUGAUUACUGAAGGUGUGUAUUUGCAUAAUCAAGAGGUGCCUCUGAACUAAAUCAAGCCAUGUACUCGUUUGCUAAGAGCCAGAUCUACUCAGGACUGCGUUUAAUUAUUUGCAGGUGUUCAAAUCUUGAAAGUUGAUCAAUGGGAUGUUUCACGGAAACAUUGAGGAUGUUAAUCUUUCUUGAUGGUAUUUAGCUUUUGAGCUUUUGCAUUUUUUUUAAACCAAAAUGUAUUUAUCCCUCUAAAUUUUGUGUCAUAAUAAACUAAACUACCUCUAACCAUGAA